AUGUUCUUUUACAUGAGUAAAGGAAUAAAAAGCAUGACACCAAGUUCUUUGUCCCCGCAUUACGCGGCUCAAUCUCCUUCAGGACGUAAACCUGACUUGGUAGCGAAGGAGGUGCUGGAAUGGUGGCAAACCAACGGAAAGCACCCGUUCAUCCAGCCCCACAUCUCGUCACCGAGUAAUGUGGGUGCGAACUCGCCAGAGAACUUACCACUAGGUGAUAAGGUCCAGCUCAUUCGACUACCAGUAGCUUCACCGUCAGCCGUUAAAGAGUUCAGUCAGGUUAGCAGUGAAGAGCCAGCACAUCUCACCACAGGUUAG